UUAGGAAUAAUAUAAGAACACGUUUUCAGCUGCCCUCAACGCUUAAACGAAAACUUUUAUUUGAUUGAUUCAGUUACGUUACCAAAUGAGCCAUUUUCGCAAUCAAUUCCUCGCGUUACUCGUCGUGUUCUGUCACGUGACUGGGCUGUCACUUGUGUCCUGUGUGCCCUCUAUUGACCCCGACUACGACAAAAGAGUGCGACCGAAUGAGGGGCUGAGUCAGGACAAGGUAGAAGUAGGACUGUUCAUCAACUCCAUCAGAAGUGUGUCUGAGGCAGACAUGACAGCUGUCCUAGAUGUAUUCCUACAGGCUUCCUGGAAUGACUCUCGGCUGAAUAGCACAUGGCAUCAGAUUUACAAAAACCUCCGCGGCACCAACCACAGCGAAUGUUCCGAGGACAUGUGCACCGAUCGCAUCACUAUGGGGAAGGAUUUUGCAGAUGUCAUCUGGAAACCAGAUUUCUACUUUCAGUCUGCGGUGUCGAUUGCUCCGGUCGAUGACAAGAAUGACAACGUGUGUAUUCGGAUAGACAAAAAUGGCUCCAUCUUCUACUCUGUUCGCUACAUUUUGACAACCGCCUGCCCUAUGAAGAUGUUCUUCUUUCCCCUCGACAGUCACAAAUGUAGUAUUCGAAUAGGGACGUACAAAUAUCAUGACAAGCAAGUGAAACUGAACAUUUCUCCAAAGCUUUCUGGCAUGUACCCAAGCCAGGAGACUGCCAACUUCAAGCUCGCCGACUUUAAACUGACCAGGAAUGAAUUUUUUGAAUUCACUGAUAUGAGAACUGGAAAAAAAUUACAAAAGAAGACUCUUAUUUAA